GAUGUGAGCCACCACGCCCAGCCACUUUUUGUUCUUUUUAAGCAUUUUAUUCACUGAUGCCUCCCAAGCACUUGCCAUAGUGCUCGGCACAUGCUAGGUGCUCAGUCAGUAUUGGUUGAAGGAAUGAAUGAGGUACAGGUUAUUUGACCUGUUUCACAGGGGGCGAUAUUGACAGAGCAGUUGGGUGUCUUACCCAUAGGCAUGCACUGUUGUUGAAAACAGCUUUUGCUCUUCACACACAGAUCUUUUCUGUUUUUAAACAGAUUUUUUUUUUUACAAGUACAAAAUGGAAGUCAUUAGAUCUAAGUCAUGGGAUUGUAGACUGUAAUAUAACACACUAUAAAUACCCAGUGUCUGGUAUACAAUGUAAACAUUCAGUAAGUGACUCUGUGUUUGUUGUGGUUGGAGUGUCUUUUCUGCAUGUGCCCUCAUUUUGGGUAGGGUUGCCACACAGAUUAGGAAAGUUAAAAAUUUGUGAGCCAUGGAAACCUUUUAAAAACAUGUUUAGUUAAUUCAGUGUUUCUAUCUUUGCUAUACUAUCCAUCAAGCAAUACAAGUAGUCAAAUUGGUGAAAUGAGUUCACAUCUAUCCUGGGCAAGUGGACAAGUGGUUAUGACUGGCAAGAUUUGAUUAAAUGAUAUUUGCAUUUUCCCUGUUUACAGUUGUAGAGCAUGGAUGGCAGUGGAAGGGGCCUCAGGGAAGCAUGGUUCGUUUCUUUUCCUUAUACCCCCUUAACUUACAGGUAAGGAAAGUGAGGCCUGGAGAGAUGCAGGGGGCAGGCUGGAUGUGAAACUCUGGUCUUGCAUGUCACAUUCUCUUAGACAUCAGCUCACCCUGCCAAAUCCAGGUUCCUGGAUGGGCUUGUAUGAACACUUUAGUGGUGGAGCCACAAUUAUUCCUACUAUGAUGUUGUUAGCAGAUUAUAUCAAUAAUCCACCAAGAGCCAAGAAAUCAAAAUCAGGACUGUGUAAACAUUGUUUUUUACCCAUCAUAAAAUGUUCUUAGCCAGGCACGGUGGCACACCCCGGAAGUCCCAGCCACUUGGGAGGUUGAGGCAGGAGGAUCGCUUGAACCUAGGAGUUUAAAUCAGCCUGGGCAACAUAGUGAGACUCCAUCUCUAAAUAAGUAAAGGAAUGAGUGAAUGAAUGAAUGUUCUUAUUCAUUGUAGAUAAUAAGAAGGAAUAUGAAGAAAAAACAAGUUAUCCUAAAUUAAGAUUAUAAAGUAAAUAGUCCUAAGGAUUAAAAAUUACUUUUCUCAUCAGAAUUUUAAUUAUUUCACUGCACAUUUGCCCACAAUAGAAGAAUUAUAAAUGAACUAAAAGGUAAAAACACCUAAUGAUGCAAAAAGGAAAAAGGAAAGUAAAAUUGUUUAUGCCUACAAGUCAGAGAUAACCAUUGUUAAUACUAUCUCCUUCUAGAUGGUUUUCUAUGGGUAUAUACCCAUAGUACAAAAAUGGGAUUUAUUGUGGACAAUAAAAAAACCCAUUUUUGUACAUGUCUUUAUACCAUAUGUUUUAAAAUUUUAGUAUGAUAUGACAGGUCUUUUUUGGUGCAUUCAAAUAUUCUUGAACAUGAAAAUCACAUUUUGAUGUGACAUAAUUUUAGGGGGCAGAGUCAUAAGCUAAUGUUUUAAUUAUUUUGCAUUCCCUGGGCACUCAUUGUGUGGGUGAAGGAAAGGUAUUCUUCUAGGUUACAUGAAACCAACAUAGUAUUAAACUUUUUAUGGUAAAUUGUGAAUACGUAGUUCAUCAGAAAUUUAUUUUAAAGAGGAAAAUACUGAACUGACAAAAUGUGUUUAUUUUUGGAUAGCAUGUGAUCUGUCAUCUUAUUACCCCAAACACGUCAGGGUUACUGAUGAAAAACAAAUUGAGCAGUUCAAAAAGUCCUUCCACUAGAGGGUUGGCCUCUCUUGAGAGGAAGGUGUUUGUCCUCUUACAUAGAGCACUGUGUUGUAAAUGUUAGGAAUGAUGUGAUGUGUCCUUUAUCUGUGGUUGUAUUUUUAUUGGAUGUUUUUCUUUAAUCAAUGUCAUGUUAUUUGGACAUUCUAGAGCAAUUAUUCCCGAUCUUUUUAAACGUAAGGUACUCUUUUAAUGUAAAAAAUUUCCGGACCACGUAUGAUUUUAAUUAUUUUUUUAGAUUCUGUUGAGAAGCUCUAACGAUAGAAAAAUUCUAUCAACAUUUUAGUGGCACUUACCUUUAUUAAAUAUAGCAGCAUCUUCAUACACUUGCAAAAUAACAGUAUAUAUAUAUGUAAAUUUAAUGAUUUCUAGAUGCUUGAUGAGCAAAUGAACAAGUGGAUCCCUUGAAAUAGCUCCCUGGAGGGCUCCUGCCCUAGAGGAAGACAGAUCCUGCAUAUGUAACCCUAAAGUCUAAUGUCAGGAAAAUAAUGAUUAGACCAGUUCUGAACUUCAAGUGGAGUUCUGUAACUCUAGAGCUAAACGCCACUGUAUGACAAGUUAGGAAGAUAUAUUUUCUUCCACCUGUUCAUACACUGAACGGUUUCCAGAGCAGCCUUUGAUAUCACCUCAUUUUCCUCAUCAUUUCAAAGAAUUCAAUUGGGGAAGAGAAUGCAAUCAGCCAGAUUGUAAGAAACAUUUGGACAUACUUUGAAUGAAUGAAUGAAUGUUCUUAUUCACUGUAGAUAAUAAGGAAUAUGAAGAAAAUGACUCUCCCUUGGCCCUUUUAAUUAAUCUACUGUGAUCUAUUAGAGAGAGGACUGGGUUUGUUAGGAGACUAACGUAAGGUCCUGAAGGCAAGCCCAACCUUGAUUAAGAUUAAAAUAGAAAAAGAUAUACUUCACACCUUGGUUUUUCCAUCUCUAAAAUGGGUAGAAUAUCUUCCUUGUGCCUUCUUAGGAGGUGACACGAUGAUACCCAUGGGCAGCAUUUUCUUUCUUUUUAAUCAGUAAAUGUAAACAAAAACCUUUGUAAGGAUGGAAGCUAUUGGAAAGUACCAUACAGAGGAUUAGGACCGUGAAUCCAGGGAAAUUCUAAGCAUUCUGAAAGCUGCUUUUAGGCAGGGCAGCCGCCAAAAGACCAGCUGGUAGAUUGAGACUUUUCUCAAAAACCUGACUUCAUUCUCUUGUGGCUCCAUUUUCCUUUUUUUCAAAUGGGGUCUAGUGGCUUAGUUGUGGUUAUUCCACAGUGAUGCCUCUUUUAUUGCUAUUCUUAUGAUGACAACAGCAUUCUUGCACCACUUAACUCUCCAAGAUGCAGGCAGGGGAGGCAACUGCCUCAUUUCUGAUGUGCUUGCAUUACCUACAGGAAAAGCAUCCCGGUAUUCUACCUUUGUCUGGGAGUUGGGUUGGGAGCAGGCAUUCAGUUUAAGUUUUAUGUGCCAUCUGUAUAUUUUCGAAAACAUUUAACAUGAUCUUUAUUUCAAGCUUUUAUAGCCCUUUCAAGUUGCUCUAGGGAAACUUCAGCAGUUUCUUAGCAAAACAGAUAGACAGUAAGUAUGGAUCAACUGAGCCCAGGAAAGAAUGGGGUUUGGGAAGAUCACAUUGUUUGGAUUUUCUGCUAAUACUAAAACUGGAUUUUUACUGCACAGGCAGGGAGAAUUACCAUCAUGUGGUGGACCUGGUGAGAGAGGUAUCAUAUGACUAAGCGAGUCAGCUGACCUCAGUUAAAGGGCUAUGACCGUCUGUACAAUGGGACCAGUACCUUCUCCAACUGUUGGUCUCAACUGAAUGAGAUUCCAUGUCUGAGGAGUGAUCGGGGUGAUGAUGACUUUUGAUGGAACUGACCUCACACAGGUUUCUGGGGGAAAAACACCACCAAAUUUUAUUUUAAGAAUUCCAAAAUAAUUUUACAAUUUUGAUUUGAGUAGAAGUUUGAUUUGAAAAGGGACUUCAUCUGCACCUUCUCUCUUGCCUUUGUUUAUAGAUGUCAGUAAUGCCAGUAUUUUAACAAGUAGAAAUGAGUUAUAAAUUAUAUCUUAAGGAUUUUAGUUUGUUUUGGAUAAUUGUUUAAUUGGCUAGGAUUUCUCCCCCCUUCAGUAGCUUGAGAUCCCCAUGACUAGGCAAUAUGGAGAUAAUAGUAAACAACUAAGCUCUUUGUAAGAGAUGUUAUUUAUUUAUUUAUUUUUAAAUAGAGAUAAGGUCUUGCUAUGUUGCCCAGGCUGGUCUCCAACUCCUGGGCUCCAGCAAUCCUCUAGCCUCAGCUUCCCAAAGUGUUGGGAUUACAGGCAUGAGCCACUACGCUCAGCCUGAGACAUUAUUUGAGGAGGAGGUCAUGAAUAUAUAAUAAACUUAGGAGGAGUACAGAUGAAAAGUUUUCUCUUGAACCUACAUUUUUGAACAGGAGAAGAGAUGAUUUUUAGGUAUAAUGGUGUGCAAAGUAACAACAGUUUCUAAAGACAUUUAAAAUAAUAAAGUAUAAAUAUCUUUAUUCAGGAUGAACUGGGUUCUGAAGCCUGAUGUUUUCAAGAGUUCUUUAUUAUCAGGUGGCUUGUGAAAGCCCAUUGUUAACCAAACGUGUUGUGUUUGCCUCAGAAUUUCAUUAAAAAGUAUGCGUACGUUCAUAUCCCCCUUAUGUGAGGUGGCAGUGAAACAGAAACUUGAUAGAAAUAUUGAGGAGGGGAAAAGAUGAAGCCACCGUGGCACCUGGCCUCCCUCUUUCACUUCCCUUUCCAACUCUGCUCCUUUGAGAUGUUCUUCAAGAAGAUGGAGGAAGCUUGCUGGGUUUAGGGUCAUCACCCAGGAUCUGGCGGCGGGAGUAGCUCAGCACUGGGAGUUCCCUCCACAAAGCCCAGAGCUAACUCAUCACAUCCAGCUGCUGUCAGGAGUUGGGCAGUCCUGUCCCUUGGCUUUCCUGGGAAGGCCUGCGUGGAGGAGGCAGGAGCAGGCAAGGGACCAAGAGAGUACCUGGUAGACCUGAUGCCUCCCCCUUCCCCCUGGGCCCCCAGGGAAGGAGCUACCUUGUGGACUGGGGUACAGGGAAUAGAGGGUUGGAAUCCAGAAAAGAGGGUGGAGGGCAUGACUGCAGUUACUGCAAUUGUCUCAGGACACAGACCAAGCCCUGGUGCAGAAAUUGUUUGGCUGUUGGCCUUUUCAGAUGUUUGCAUGCAGGAAGUGCCUUUGAUAAAGUAUGGUUUGCUAACAUGAGUAUGAUAUGCAUGUGCAUUUUUGGAUGCCAAACACAUAGGCAGAUAAAACUAAGAAGCCAAACGCUAAGAUAGUUGUUGAUGAAUUGAAACUAGCCUAACUGGCUCCACUGUUGGAGUCAUUCGCUCAGACUACUCCAAAGUUUUGUUUGGUCUACCAAAAACAUUAGUUGGAAAGGUACCGCAUUAAUUUAAGGCAGGGAAGCCUCCAGCACGUGAGAGUCGUGUCUCUCUCGGUGAUGCUGGGAGGGAAGGAUGGGAGAUGAGAGUCAUUUCACCGCCGCCUAGCUCCUCCUCUUCCUCUCCCUGCCCUGGAGUUGCAGCCUCAGCUUUCAGAGUCUCUUGCCUGGUGCUAGGCCCGGCGAGCGGUUGGAUUUUAAGUAUUUCUCAGUUAUUUUCAGUAUCAUCAGUCAUCACUUUCAGAGUUCCUUUUCUUUUUCAAGGGUACCCAGUCUAACUGUUUAGCUCCUUUUCAAUAGCCCUCCUCACUCACUUAUGCCCAGUCAGGAAGAUUAAUAAUGUUAACUGAUUUACUAUCGCUGCAAAAAGCAUUAGUUAAUUAGACUUUUACACCUCAGUCAGAUGGCAUUAGACACCCUUUGUGCACUUUAACUCAAGGAUGUUAAAGACCUAAAUCUUUCAGAAAAAAAGAAAAGAAAGAAAAAGGACAGGCACUUUUCCAGUUUAAGCUGCAUGUUGGUCCAUGUUAAUUAGGCAUUUGUCCUUUAGUCUGGAGGUGAUAGAAAAUGCCAGUUACUGUGGUAUUUAACUGACAUCAAACUCCUGUCCAAAUAAUUCAGUUAGGCCCAGCCUUCUCUCUUAAUUGGUGGGAAGGAAAACUUCGGCACACACCCAGAAUAGGGAGGAAACUGUUACUUACGUUGAACAUUUUAAAGUUCAUUCUGAAGGAUCUGAAGGACACUUGAAUAUUUUUUAAAUUAACUAUCCAGUUGAGCUUUUUAAAAACAGUUACAAAAGAAUCUCCCCUAAAACUUGAGCUACCCCAGAUGAUAGGUUUUGUAAGUCUUCAGAAAAUGAAAGUUUAGUAAUUGUUGUUAUCCAAGGUCAAAGUGGUGGUUGUUAUCCAAGGCUCUUAUAGAUUUCUGUAUCUGUUUGGCCCUGUUUUAAAAAGUGCUCUAAAAAUUGACAGUUUCUAGCUCACACUCAUAUUUCUUUAUUAAUACCAGAAAUUCACAAAUGGGUUAAGGCGCACCCAGCAGUAUACACAUUUAAAAAUCACUAUAAGCUAGCAUAUUGGGACAAAAGUGACAUGAAUAUGAUUGUUUCAUGGGAGCAAUUAGAUGACACUUUUUGUUUGUUUUGUUUUUAAAAGCAACUUGUUCCUAGUUGCUGGAGAAGGUAAUCCUCUUUAACAAGAGUAUAGUUUACCUUAUGAGUUAUGUAAAACAAUUACAAAAAUAAUGAAAAGAUUUUUUUUCUAAUUAGUGGGUAGCCUUAUUUGACUUUAAACCUUACUCACUUUUGUGUAUGUUUCUAGCCAAAGGUUCACACAUUUGAGAGCAUUUCACUUUUAGUACUGAACUACUUUUUCGUGCACUGAAUGAAUACAAUAUGUUAACACUCCUGUAAGGCCCAGAAUUGCUUGGCUGCCCCUUGCCCUGCCUGCCUGGUACUGGCUGAAAAGGUACCAUUGUUUGUUCUGCAAACACUGAGUGAUGUUUGUUUCCAAGGUGACUGGUUCUAUUGCUGCCCUUUAAGCAAAGGUGGGAGGGGGGAUGGGGGAGAGAGAAAGUUGGCUUUAAACACCUGAGAGCAUCCUGUUCUGGGUACAGUGUGUGUAUGUAUAUGUUUUACCUAAAGAGAUGGAAUGUGACACACCCAGAGAAUGGGGCACUCGAGGGGCCUAUGAACUUGAGAAGGCCAGGAGCAGCAGGGUCCCUUCAUCUCAGUGCUUAGCUUUGCCAGUGCUAAGUGGGAAGCAGAAGUCACUGAGCUCCUUAGCAAGUUGCUCCGACUGUGUGCUCCAGGAGUGGUGGCUCUGAGGUGUGACCCUGCCCACCUUUGGGCCCAGCCAGGUUCAGCCCCCCAGUAAGGAGGGCAGCUUGAUAACACAAAGAAAACAGUGUCAACGAGUACUACCGAGAGAAGAAGAAAAGAGGUCAACACAGACUCCUUUUCUACUCCAUGUGAAUGAUAGCUACAGCAGGGGGAAGUUUCAUAGUCUAUCAAUUGGGUCAGAAAAUGGAGUUUUAUGGCAGAGGCUUCUUAGAAGCUUAAACCCCUGUCCCAAUGACGUCAAGUUUGCCCGUUGGCUUGGAAGGUUCAGACCUGUCUUCCAUCAACACCAUGAUGUCGGCGGUCAUGAGUGUAGGGAAGGUCACAGAGAAUGGCGGGAGCCCCCAGGGCAUCAAGUCCCCCUCGAAGCCUCCAGGACCAAAUCGGAUUGGCAGAAGGAACCAGGAAACGAAAGAGGAGAAGUCUUCCUAUAACUGCCCCCUGUGUGAGAAGAUUUGCACUACCCAGCACCAGCUGACCAUGCACAUUCGCCAGCACAACACAGACACUGGAGGAGCCGACCACUCAUGCAGCAUCUGCGGGAAGUCACUGAGCUCGGCCAGCUCCCUCGAUCGCCACAUGCUGGUGCACUCUGGCGAGAGGCCUUACAAGUGCACUGUGUGUGGCCAAUCAUUUACCACCAAUGGGAACAUGCACAGACAUAUGAAGAUCCAUGAGAAGGACCCUAACAGUGCCACAGCCACAGCCCCUCCAUCUCCUCUGAAACGUAGGCGAUUGUCCUCCAAGAGGAAACUGAGUCACGAUGCCGAGUCAGAGAGAGAAGACCCAGCACCAGCUAAAAAGAUGGUAGAAGAUGGGCAGUCAGGUGACUUGGAGAAGAAGGCUGAUGAAGUCUUUCACUGCCCAGUAUGUUUCAAGGAGUUUGUUUGCAAGUAUGGACUGGAGACCCACAUGGAGACCCAUUCAGAUAACCCACUAAGAUGUGAUAUUUGCUGCGUCACCUUUCGAACACAUCGAGGACUGCUGCGUCACAACGCGCUUGUCCACAAACAACUUCCCAGGGAUGCAAUGGGCAGGCCUUUCAUACAGAACAACCCUUCGAUUCCUGCUGGCUUCCACGACUUAGGAUUCACGGACUUCUCCUGUAGGAAGUUUCCUCGCAUUUCUCAGGCCUGGUGCGAAACAAACCUGCGGAGGUGCAUCAGCGAGCAGCACCGUUUUGUCUGCGACACCUGUGACAAGGCGUUCCCCAUGCUCUGCUCACUGGCCCUGCACAAGCAGACCCACAUGGCGGCAGACCAGGGUCAAGAAAAGUUGCAGGCCACGCCCCUGCCUGCUGACGCCCUGGACCAGAAGGGCUUCCUGGCCUUGCUUGGCCUGCAGCACACCAAAGACGUCAGGCCUGUCCCCGCCGAGGAGCCCCUGCCGGAUGACAACCAGGCAAUUCAGCUCCAGACACUCAAGUGUCAGCUACCUCAGGACCCCGGCUGCACCAACCUGCUGAGCCUGUCUCCUUUUGAAGCUGCUUCCCUAGGCGGUUCUCUCACAGUUCUCCCCGCGACCAAGGACAGCAUAAAGCACCUGUCCCUGCAGCCCUUCCAGAAGGGCUUCAUCAUCCAGCCUGACAGUAGCAUUGUGGUCAAGCCCAUCUCUGGCGAGUCGGCCAUUGAGCUGGCAGACAUCCAGCAGAUUCUGAAGAUGGCGGCCUCGGCUCCCCCUCAGAUCAGUCUUCCGCCCUUCUCCAAGGCCCCCGCCGCCCCACUGCAGGCGAUCUUCAAGCACAUGCCCCCUCUGAAGCCAAAGCCCCUGGUCACACCACGGACGGUGGUGGCCACCUCCACGCCCCCGCCUCUCAUCAACGCCCAGCAGGCUUCCCCAGGCUGUAUCAGCCCCAGCCUGCCGCUGCCGCCCCUGAAGCUCCUCAAAGGCUCAGUGGAGGCGCCCUCCAACGCCCACCUGCUGCAGCCCAAGUCCGGGACCCAGCCCAGCGCGGCCACGCGGCUCUCCCUGCAGCAGCCGCGGGCGGAGCUACCGGGCCAGCCCGAGAUGAAGACGCAGCUGGAGCAGGACAGCAUCAUCGAGGCCCUGCUGCCGCUGAGCAUGGAGGCCAAGAUCAAGCAGGAGAUCACAGAGGGGGAGCUCAAGGCCUUCAUGACAGCGCCCAGCGGCAAAAAGACGCCAGCCAUGCGCAAGGUGCUCUACCCCUGCCGCUUCUGCAACCAGGUGUUUGCCUUCUCGGGGGUCUUGCGUGCCCAUGUGCGCUCCCACCUGGGCAUCUCGCCAUACCAGUGCAACAUCUGCGACUACAUCGCCGCCGACAAGGCCGCGCUCAUCCGCCACCUGCGCACGCACAGUGGGGAGCGGCCCUACAUUUGCAAGAUCUGCCACUAUCCCUUCACUGUCAAAGCCAACUGCGAGCGGCACCUGCGCAAGAAGCACCUCAAGGCAACCCGCAAGGAUAUCGAGAAGAACAUCGAGUAUGUGAGUAGCAGCGCGGCCGAGCUGGUGGACGCCUUCUGUGCCCCGGACACCGUGUGCCGGCUGUGCGGCGAGGACCUCAAGCACUACCGUGCCCUGCGCAUCCACAUGCGCACGCACUGCGGCCGCGGCCUGGGCGGGGGCCACAAGGGCCGCAAGCCCUUCGAGUGCAAGGAGUGCAGCGCCGCGUUCGCGGCCAAGCGCAACUGCAUCCACCACAUCCUCAAGCAGCACCUGCACGUGCCCGAGCAGGACAUCGAGAGCUACGUGCUGGCCGCCGACAGCCUGGGGCCCGCGGAGGCGCCAGCCACUGAGGCCUCCGGGCGCGGGGAGGACAGUGGCUGUGCUGCCCUUGGUGACUGCAAGCCCCUCACCACCUUCCUGGAGCCCCAGAACGGCUUUCUUCACAGGAGCCCCACCCAGCCUCCGCCUCCCCAUGUCUCGAUCAAGUUGGAGCCCGCCAGUAGCUUUGCGGUGGACUUCAAUGAGCCCCUGGACUUUUCUCAGAAGGGCCUGGCGCUGGUCCAAGUGAAGCAGGAAAACACCUCCUUCCAGAGCCCUUCCUCCCUGGCCCCCUACGACUGCUCCAUGGAGCCCAUCGACCUGUCCAUCCCCAAGAACUUCAGGAAAGGGGACAAGGAUUUGGCCACUCCCAGCGAAGCCAACAAGCCUGAGCAGGAGGCGGGGAGCAGCGGGCAGCCCUCUCCCUGUCCAGCACCCGGCCCUUCUCUUCCCGUGACUUUGGGGCCCAGCGGGAUCCUGGAAAGCCCCAUGGCCACUGCGCCGGCGGCCACCCCGGAGCCCCCAGCGCAGCCCCUGCAGGGCCCCGUUCAGCUGGCGGUCCCAAUCUACUCCUCAGCCCUGGUCAGCAGCCCUCCCCUCGUGGGCAGCUCAGCCCUCCUGAGUGGCACAGCCUUGCUGCGGCCACUGCGGCCCAAGCCCCCCCUGCUUUUGCCAAAGCCCCCCGUGACAGAAGAGCUGCCCCCGCUGGCCUCCAUUGCCCAGAUCAUCUCAUCUGUAUCCUCGGCCCCCACCCUCCUGAAAACCAAGGUGGCGGAUCCAGGGCCAGCAAGCACUGGCAGUAACACCACGGCUUCAGACAGCUUAGGAGGCUGUGUCCCCAAAGCCGCCACCACUGCCACCCCUGCUGCCACCACCAGCCCAAAAGAGUCUAGUGAGCCUCCCGCUCCAGCCAGCAGCCCAGAGGCUGCCUCUCCCACCGAGCAGGGCCCAGCGGGCACCUCGAAGAAGAGGGGCCGGAAAAGGGGGGUGAGGAGCCGGCCCCGCGCCAACAGCGUUGGGGUGGACCUGGACUCCAGCGGGGAGUUUGCGAGCAUCGAGAAGAUGCUGGCCACCACGGACACCAACAAGUUCAGUCCGUUUCUGCAGACAGCGGAGGACAACACUCAGGAUGAGGUGGCCGGAGCCCCCGCCGACCACCACGGGCCCAGUGAUGAAGAGCAGGGCAGUCCCCCAGAAGACAAGCUGCUGAGGGCCAAGCGGAACUCGUACACCAACUGCCUGCAGAAGAUCACCUGUCCCCACUGUCCCCGGGUUUUCCCUUGGGCCAGCUCCCUACAGAGGCACAUGCUCACACACACUGGUCAGAAACCCUUCCCUUGUCAAAAAUGCGAUGCCUUCUUUUCUACCAAAUCUAACUGUGAACGCCACCAGUUGCGCAAACACGGAGUUACCACCUGUUCCCUGAGAAGAAACGGGCUUAUCCCCCAGUCAAAAGAGAGUGAUGUUGGAUCCCAUGAUAGCACAGACAGCCAGUCGGAUGCGGAGACUGCAGCCACCGCGGGCGAAGUGCUAGACCUCACCUCACGGGACAGAGAGCAGCCGUCGGAGGGCGCCACUGAGCUCCGCCAGGUCACAGGGGAUGCCCCUGCGGAGCCAGCCAAGGCGGAAACGGCCUCGCCUGUGCACGGAGAAGAGCACGGGCCUGGGGAGAGCCAUGAGCCGGAGGAGGAGCGUGGCGCUGAGGAGAGUGCCGGUGACGCCGACGGCGCUGAAGAGGACGCGUCGAGCAACCAGAGCCUGGACCUGGACUUCGCCACCAAGCUCAUGGACUUCAAGCUGGCCGAGGGCGAGGGCGAGGGCGAGGCAGGCGCCGGGGGCGCGGCCUCGCAGGAGCAGAAGCUCGCCUGCGACACCUGUGGGAAGAGCUUCAAGUUCCUGGGCACCCUGAGCCGCCACCGGAAGGCGCACGGCCGCCAGGAGCCCAAGGACGAGAAGGGAGAUGGCGCCAGCACUGCGGAGGAGGGGCCCCCGCCCGCCCCUGAGCAGGAGGAGAAGCCCCCCGAGACCCCGGUGGAGGUGGUGGAGUCGGCCCCGGGCGCCGGGGAGGCCCCGGCGGAAAAGCCUGCAGAGGAGACUGAGGGCCCCUCCGACGGGGAGAGCGCGACCGAGAAGAGGUCCUCGGAGAAGAGCGACGAUGACAAGAAACCAAAGACAGACUCCCCCAAAAGCGUGGUCAGCAAGGCAGACAAGAGGAAGAAGGUCUGCAGCGUGUGCAACAAGCGGUUCUGGUCGCUGCAGGACCUGACCCGGCACAUGCGCUCCCACACAGGGGAAAGGCCAUACAAAUGUCAGACCUGCGAGCGAACCUUCACCUUGAAGCACAGCCUGGUUCGCCACCAGCGGAUCCACCAGAAAGCCAGGCAUGCCAAACACCAUGGGAAGGACAGCGACAAGGAUGAGCGGGGUGAGGAAGACAGCGAGAACGAGUCCACCCACAGUGGCAACAACCCCGUCUCAGAGAACGAGGCGGAGCUGGCUCCCAGCACCAGCAGCCACAUGGCCGUCACCCGGAGCCGGAAGGAGGGCUUGGCCAGUGCCACAAAGGACUGCAGCCACAGGGAGGAGAAGGUCACGGCAAGGCGGCCGUCUGAGCCUGGCCAGGGUGACCUUAACCCAGAGAGCCCAGUGGCCCUGGGGCAGGACCUGCUGGAACCUCGCAGCAAGAGGCCCACUCACCCAACCCUGGCCACAGCUGACAGCACCUCGCAGCUCCCGGGGAUGGAGUGACAGCCUCAGUCCCCCUCAGCACAGACAGAAGCCAGCAGAGCAAAGCGUCAUGGGGUUUCCUCAGUGCCCUUCGGCUGUUGGGGAGUAAGAGAGAGAGAGAGAGAGAGAGAGAGUGAGUGCGAGAGACAAGCAGGAGCGUGGCUGCUCGCUCAGUGCCAUAGCCUUACCGCAGCCUGCGCGGGAGGCCACAGCCCGUGCCGAUUCCAGUGCCUUAACUACUUACCGGAUCCCUCCAUAUUAUCGUGGGUGUUGUAUUUUUCCAAAAUGACUUCUUAAACAAAACAAAUAAUUAUAAUGAAUUGUCUGGAGAGGACCUCUUCA